GGUGAGCCCCAUUCACACCUCAGCUCUGCUGGAGUGGCCACGACUGGUUGGAAAAGGCAGAGCCCCAGGGCUCAGGGGCCCUCCGCCAGCACCCAGCAGCCACGGCCUCUUGUCUGGGCACACCUGAGUGUGAAGUAUUGCAGGACCAGAGCUUCUGCUGCCCCCCUGCAUCUCUGCCCUCACCCGUGGCACCAUGAAGCUCCAGGGCUUCUGGACUGGGCUGGAAUACACCUGCCGGCUCCUGGGCAUCACCACCGCUGCAGUGUUGAUCGGCGUGGGCACAGAGACUUUCCUCCAGGGGCGGUUCAAAAGCCUGGCCUUCUACCUCCUGUCUAUAGGGGUCGCUGUCUCUGUGUGUGAAGGGGCCUACUUUGUAGCUCAGCUGCUGGCCAUCUGCUUCAAGUGUCAGCCAGGGUCCUUGGCCCACAGAGCACGAGAGAAGGCCCAUUGGCUGGGCUGCUUCCAGAAGUUUCUGGCCUACAUGCUGCUGUCAGUGGCCUGCUUCCUCCACCCUGUUCUGGUAUGGCACGUGACCAUCCCAGGUUCCAUGCUCAUUGUUACUGGCCUGGCCUACUUCCUACUGAGCAAGCGGACAAAGAAUAAAGCUGCCCCCCACACAGCAACCCCCCCACAGCAGUACUCAGACCCCUCGGGCAGCGUCACAAGUACCACUGGCUCCGGGGACACUGAGCAAACCUACACUUUCCACGGUGCCUUCAAGGAGGGUCCCGGCUCCCUGCUCAUCCACAUGAAAAGCAUCCUGAAAGGAACCAAGAAACCCAGCCCCCUGCCACCUCCACAAACUCUUGUAGAACUGACAUUGGAGCCAGAUGAUCUGCUGGCCAGAAAGAAGCAGGUGCAUUUCGAGGACAGCGUGGUGCGAAUCAUCCCAUCCCUGGCCGAGGGUCUGGACGACGGAGACAGUGAGCCAGAGGAGACGGCCUCUGAUACAACCCCCAUCAUCCCUCCCCCACAGGCCCCCCUCCUGUCUUCACUCAUGGGCGCUGAUUUAUUCUGAGCAGCUCUGCUAGGGGGCGCUGCAUAGACCCUGUCCAGGUCUUCCCCACCCUAGACUUCCUGCUAACCACAGGCCCUGCUGCAUGCUGGGCCUUAACUGGUCAGGUCAAGGGAGCGUUGGGUGUGCAUAACAAAUCAGUAGUUCUGCAGACACCUGCAGGAAGGCAGGAAGAGAGCCAGCACGGGGUCUUCCCCACCUGGAAUGAGCGCCCACUCCUCCUUCGUGGCUGUGAAGAUGGCGGUCAUGCCUUCCUCAAAGACACCACCAGCCCCCUUCAUACAAGGUUGCAGGUGCAUUUGCUGCAGCCCCCAGAGGGUCAGAGGAUGCCUGCCCUGCCCAAGCCAUGGCAACCUCAUUCCUGACACAGAGCUCAGACUCCUGGUCCCUUUCCCCCUCUGACAUGACCUCCCAGCCCUAAAAGGCCCGGAGGUGCUCUGAGCAUCUCCACGGCUGGUGUUGAGAGGGGUUGGCAGAGUCCAGGGUGAUGUGGGACUGGCAGGAAGGACCAGGAAGGCAAGCUUUGGACAAACAAGGACUUACAAAAUGGCAUAAGGAAGCAAUGCCCCUCUGUGCUCCAGACCAGAGAGCUGUGCUCCUGCCAGAAGCAUGGCUGCAGGCUCCCAGAUCCUCCACUACAUGGGCUGCUCUGAGAGUCCAAAGACCAUGUUGCACAUUGAGCCUCUGAUCCUAACUCCUCGGGAGGCUGAGAUUUAAGGAUUCAGGUUUGAAGCCAGCCCAAACAGGAAAGUCCUGAGACUC